AUGAUAUUCAGAAUGAGCGCCGAAGUCGAGCAAAUGCCAGUAACGAAGCACGGGGUGCAUACCCUCUGCUUCCGAUCUUUGAAAAGAACUCACGAUACCUUCAUUUCGGACCACGGAUGCAUGCCUGAAGCAGACAAAGACAAGCAAGAGGAAAAGAUGAAGAUCGCCCAGCGAAAAGCUCCAGUGAUGCCGAAGCCAAAAUGGCACGCGCCUUGGAAGCUUUAUCGAGUCAUUUCUGGGCAUAUUGGGUGGGUUCGUUGCGUUGACUUCGAGCCUGGAAACGAGUGGUUUGUUACGGGAUCUAAUGAUAGAUGCAUCAAAAUUUGGGACUCUGCAAGUGGAAAAUUGAAGCUAACCCUGACUGGUCAUAUUUCCGAGGUCCGAGGCGUGAAAGUAUCGACGAGACACCCCUACAUCUUCAGUUGCGGACAAGAUCAUACAGUCAAGUGCUGGGAUAUGGAAUACAAUCGAGUUAUCAGACAUUAUCACGGUCACUUAUCAUCGGUCUACGGCUUGGAUUUGCAUCCUACUAUUGAUGUUCUUGUUUCUGUUGGCCGAGAUGCUUGUGGAAGAGUUUGGGACAUGAGAACGAAGGCUAAUGUCAUGACUCUUACAGGCCAUACAAAUACAGUAGCAGCCGUGCGAUGUCAAGCCGCUGAGCCUCAAGUGAUUACUUCUUCUCACGAUACAACCGUUCGACUUUGGGAUUUGGCUGCUGGCAAAACUCACUGUACUUUGACAAAUCACAAGAAGUCCGUGCGCGCUCUUGCUCUUCAUCCCAAACAGUACACUUUUGCUUCAGCUGCUCCCGACAAUAUCAAACAGUGGAAGUUCCCUGAUGGCAACUUCAUCCAAAACGUCUCCGGCCACAACUCGAUCUUGAACGCUUUGGCGAUCAACUCCGACGGUGUCAUGGUCUCCGGCGCUGACAACGGAACCAUGCAGUGGUUCGACUGGAGAACUGGCUACAAUUUCCAGCGAUAUCAGGCGCCAGUGCAGCCUGGCUCGCUCGAUUCCGAAUCUGGCAUUUUCGCUCUGGCCUUUGACAAGUCAGAGAGUCGACUGAUUUCUUGCGAGGGUGAUAAGACUAUCAAACUUUACAAGGAAGAUGCGGAAGCAACAGAAGAAACGAACCCGAUCCUGUGGAAACCAGAAGUCGCGCGACGAAAGCGAUUCUAG